AUGAGGAAAGGAGCUAAAAGGAAGGUCAGCCAGAGAGAAGACAACAAGGAAAACUCGACCAAGCCAGACAACCACAAAGAACAUCCCAGCAAGGCCAGCACUCGAUCAAAGCGGGUCAAGGCCUCCCACCCUGAAUCCGAGCCAGAGUACUUGGAGGAGCCCCGCAACUUGGAAGAUCUCUGGAAGGCUGCUUUUCCUGUUGGGACAGAAUGGGAUCAAUUGGACGCGGUGUACCGGUUCAAGUGGGAUUUCUCAAAUCUGGAACAAGCAUUUGAAGAGGGGGGCAAGCUGUAUGGGAUUGGGAACAACAAAGUCUAUCUCUUUGGUGGUACGGAGCCUCAACAAGUUCCUUUCAAGGGUAAAUUGGAAAUUGUUUACAUACCUAUUGUGGUGGCUGUUGUAUCUCCUUGCCCACCUUCUGAUAAAAUUGGGAUCAAGUCAGUUCAGAGAGAGACUGAAGAAAUAGUUCCAAUGAAAGAGAUGAAGAUGGACUGGGUUCCAUAUAUUCCUCUGGACAAGAGAGACCGCCAAGUUGUGGAAUAUGGGCGAAAAUCUCCUCAAAUAUUUGUGUUGGGAUGCACUCAGAGAAGGGCUGCUUUGAAGCACAUGAAGAUAGACCGUCUAAAGAAAUUUGAUUACUGCUUGCCAUAUUUGAUGCCGAUCAAGGAAGAGGAGCUUGAGCUGAGCACUGAGGUGGACAUACUUUUCCCAGCAGAGCCAAAUCCACCGGUUUACUGCGUAUUUGAUUGGCAGUUUGAUGAAGUUGAGGAGUUUGCUGAUGAUCGGAUAAAAGAAGAGGAACUAUCGGCUGAUCAAAAGGAUGCCUUCAUGGAGUUUGUCAAGGAGAAAGUACGCCAGCAAAAGAGAGAGAAUCGAGAGAAAAAGGAAGCCCGCAGGCAAGCCUUUGAGAAAAUGAGUGUGGAAGCUAAAGCAGCAUUCGAAAAUUUGAAGUAUUAUAAGUUCUAUCCGGUGCAAACAGCGGAUACUCCUGACAUAUCAGCUGUUAAGGCUUCAUACAUCAAUAGGUACUACAACAAGGCUCAUGAGGUUCUCUGA